AUGACCUCUCAUGGAAUGGCAGCGGCCAUUCUUCACGCUUACAACCACCAUCAACAUUUAAGAUUAUCUCCUGAUGAUAUCUGGUUAACCAUCGCACAAGGAGUUAGUCAUCAUAUUAAUUAUAAUGCAGAAAAAUUUCGUCAUUAUUUUGUCAAUCAUGAAGGUCAAGAAGAGAUAAUAAUUGAUGCCGAUGAUAUUUUAUUUUUCAAUAAUUCUAACCUUGAGGGAGAUUGGCCUGAGGCGGUAAAUAGAUUGGUCGUGAAAACUGAUGAAGCUGUAGAAAAAAUUGAUAUAAAAUCCCUUUUAGAAUGUAAUUUCUCUACCACAACGAUUAAUUCGCUUACGGCUAGUCGUAUCGUUCUUUUGGAUAUGGUUAAAGCAUAUUUUACAUAUAAAGUAAUAUUCAUGUGUGGAAUUCCUAAAGUUACUCUCGAGGGUACUUUAGAAGAUUGGGAAAAGGUACAAGAAAAGGUCAUUCAAUUACGACAGUUGAAUUUAGAACUCGAUUUUUGGUUGGAUAGAUUGGAGCCUGUUAUUUGCAAGUUUAUCGAAACUUAUAAAGGUGAAAUUGAUGAAGAGUUCUGGUCAAAGAUAGUCUCGCAACAAUCGUUUGGUUCAGGCCCUAGUAAUGAUAUUAGUGGAUGGGUUGCAGUCCCAUUUACAACUGAUACUGGUUUACAUUUAAAAUUUAUUGCUGGAUUUUUGGGUGCGCAACAAGAACUUCUCGAGAAUUCUAAUGAAGUGGUUGUCUCACCAAUGAUUGGUUGGUCUGUCAUUGAUAAUAAAGCUGCCAAGGAAAAAGGAGUUUGUUAUUGUUGCUAA